AUGGAGAGAGAGGAAAUAGCCGAAUCGCCGCGCAAGCGACAGAAAGUCGACAAUGUCCAGACCGAGGACAAUGACACUAUCGUCACCGAAGAACCCGCUGUCGAGAGCUCAAGCUCGUCGACCGCGCAAGUGACGAGGGAAGUCGACGUUGGAAUCACAGAGUUUGUUAGCGCGGAUAUUCCUGGAUUCGAGGGUGUGCUUAAGAAGAGGUACACGGACUUUUUGGUCAACGAAAUCCUCCCCUCCGGCGAAGUGCUUCAUUUACAAAACUUGAAAGUACCUGCGUCACUUCAAUCGCGACCCGUGAAAGAUGCGCCCGAGAAGAAAGUCGAGGAACGGGGCACGACUGAUUCUAAAGAUGCCGCCGAAACAAAGUCCGAAUUCAAACUGUUGGAGGAAGAUCGAACACAGCUGGACGAAUUGUUCGGAGUGGAGGUCGCUGCCAAAAUUAUCGAUCUACAUGCGCGUGUUCUUGCUUCGCCGAAGGAACCACCUAAGAAAUUGGGGCAGGUCGAAGCUGGCGUUAUCGAGGAAAAAGAUGUGCGCACAAAAAUGCAUAUGACGUUACGACGUGUGUUCAACUCGCUAUUGGAAUCGAGGACGGACUCUGCGAAUAUGAUGAUUGUCGGCGCCGCGCCGAACAGACAUCAGAAAUCAGCCAGAGGAUUUCGAGGCGAACCGACCCAACGACCCGCCAAAUCGGGCUGGGAGGAGCGCGGAGGGCAGUUCCUACAUUUCACAAUCUACAAGGAGAAUAAAGAUACCAUGGAGGUCAUUUCCUUCCUCGCUCGGUCGUUAAAAAUGAAUGGCAAGGGCUUCCAGUUUGCGGGCACCAAGGAUCGUCGUGGUGUUACUGUCCAGAGAGCGUGCGUUUUCAAAGUUGUGGCUGAACGUCUUGCCGGCUUGAAUAAGAAUCUCCGAAACUCAGCGGUGGGUGAUUUUGAGUACAAGACGCAUGGAAUGGAUCUUGGAGACUUGGAAGGCAAUGAGUUCGUCAUUACCCUUCGAGAUUCUCAAUUCCUUGAUGGCGCGGGUCAGGCAAAAAACGUAUCUGUGAGCGAGGCAAAAGAGCUCGUGGGUCAAGCCAUGUACAACCUGCGUGAGCGCGGCUAUCUGAAUUACUACGGCAUGCAGAGAUUCGGCACUUUCUCAAUCGGAACACACGAGAUAGGCGUCAAAAUGCUGCAGGGUGACUUCAAGGGCGCCGUGGAUCUUCUCUUGAAUUUCUCGCCGCAAAGUCUAGCAGCAGCACAAAAUACGGAGAAUGACGCGGAUGGACCAUUGAUAUCAUCAGAUGACAGAGCUCGUGCUGAAGCAAUCCAUAUUUUCCGCACAACCAACGACGUUAAAACCGCACUUGACAAAAUGCCGCGGAAAUUCUCGGCAGAGUCCAGUAUUAUCCGUUUCCUGGGACGUGGUAACAACGACUACUUUGGUGCUUUGCAAUCUAUCCCCCGUAACUUGCGGCUGAUGUACGUACAUGCGUAUCAAUCGCUCGUCUGGAAUCAUGCCGCUGGUGAGCGCUGGCGUCUGUACGGUGACAAGGUCGUAGAGGGCGACUUGAUAAUCACCAACCAAGAAAAAUCGCAGGCUACCGCAGCAGCAGAAGAUGACAGCGCGGUUGAUGCCGACGGCGAAAUCGUCGUGGUCGCUCAGGCGCAGGACCGCUCCCACGCCGUAGACGACAUAUUCAUCCGCGCUCGCCCACUAACCGCCGAUGAAGCCGCAAGCGGGAAAUAUACAAUCUUUGACAUCGUGCUCCCUCUACCUGGUUAUGACGUUGUGUACCCCGCAAACCAGAUGACGGAAUUCUACAAGACGUUUAUGGCAAGUGAACGAGGCGGCGGAUUAGAUCCGUUUGAUAUGCGUCGGAAAUGGAAGGAUGUUAGUCUGAGUGGUAGCUAUCGCAAGUUACUCAGUAGACCUGGGCCGGAGUACUCGUUUGAUGUCAAAGCUUAUACGCAGGAUGAUGAGCAGUUUGUGAGUACGGAUUUGGAUCGAUUGAAGGGGUUGGACAAGACGAAGGAGGAGGUGGCAGAUGUUGACGACUCGACUGCCGACAAGAAGAUUGCAGUUGUGCUGAAGUUUCAGUUGGGAUCAAGUCAAUAUGCGACGAUGGCGCUGAGAGAGUUGAUGAAGUUGGGUGGAGUGAAGGAAUAUAAGCCCGAUUUUGGCAGUGGGAGGUAA